AUGGCCUGGCCGCAGCUCCGGUGCUGGCGCCUCGUUCCCUCGCUGCACGGGACCCUGGGGCUGGCUCCUCUGCUGCUGCCACUGCUCCUGGCGCUGCGCGUCGGGCUCGGGGCAGACUGCCAGUGCCAGGCCCCAGCGCUGUGCCGUCCCAUCACCCAUCGUUCAUCGCCCCGACUUCGAGGAGAUGUAUCCAUAAGGGAUAUCAUUAAUGCUACUUUAAGAGCAUCCUGGUUAGCUCAACAAGUUAAGCUGGCCAAAACACAAUAUAUGGAUGGAAUUAAUCUAGAAGAAGUUGCUCGUUCAUCACAUGAAUAUUAUGCGUUAACUGCUUUAGUCAAAGAAACUGCAGACUCUUUCCAUCAUGAAAUUGAGGGAUCACAGGUAACAUUUGAUGUAUCUUGGUCUCCAAACUGCUUAGGUAGGAGGUGCUAUAAUUAUACUGGAAUUGCAGAUGCUUGUGACUUUCUCUUCGUGAUGUCUUAUGGUGAAUGAAGUCUGGUCUGGUCACAAUGUAUUGCAGGAGCCAAUUCUCCCUAUACUAAGACAUUAACUGGAUAUGAUGACUACAUCAAGAUAGGCAUUAACCCUAAGAAACUUGUAAUGGGUAUUCCCUGGUAUGGUUAUGAUUAUACCUGCCAAAAUCUAUCAGUGAAUCAUGUUUGUACCACUGCAAAAUACCCUUGUAAAGAUGCUGUAUACCGUCAGGUGGCCUAUCAAAUGAUCAUGAAGCAAGUAAAUAGUUCUACUUCUGGAAGACUGUGGGAUAAAAUUCAGCAGUCUCCUUAUUAUCACUAUCAAGAUCAGGCUGGCCAUUUUCAUCAAGUGUGGUAUGAUGACCCUCAGAGCAUUUCUCUAAAGGCAGCAUAUGUACAAAACCGUGGCUUACUCGGCAUUGGCAUGUGGCAUGCAAACUGUCUUGACUACUCUGGAGAUGCUAUAGACAAACAGCAAACUGAAGAAAUGUGGAAAGCUUUAAAACCAAAGCUGUGA